UGAAGAUGGGCAAGGCCCAUGACGCGGCUGUCUUUAGACCUGUGAAAGACGCCAUUUUGUCGUUAGCGGAGAAGAGGAGUUAAGAGAAUUAUCCAGAAACCGCGUCUAAAAGAUCAGCCAAGAUGGGGAACAUGUUUGCAGGCCUGUUUAAGAACCUCUUUGGGAAGAAAGAGAUGAGGAUCCUCAUGGUGGGCCUUGAUGCUGCAGGGAAAACCACCAUCCUCUACAAACUCAAGCUGGGAGAAAUUGUCACCACCAUCCCCACUAUCGGCUUUAACGUAGAAACGGUGGAAUACAAGAACAUCAGUUUCACAGUGUGGGACGUGGGCGGUCAGGAUAAGAUCCGGCCCCUUUGGAGACACUACUUCCAGAACACACAGGGACUUAUCUUCGUGGUGGACAGCAAUGACAGGGAGCGAGUGAACGAGGCGCGGGAGGAGCUGACGCGCAUGUUGGCUGAGGAUGAGCUCAGAGACGCAGUGCUGCUGGUCUUCGCUAACAAACAGGACCUGCCCAACGCUAUGAAUGCGGCCGAGAUCACAGAUAAGCUGGGCCUGCACUCCCUGCGCCAUCGCAACUGGUACAUCCAGGCCACCUGCGCCACCAGCGGCGACGGCCUCUACGAGGGCCUGGACUGGCUCUCCAACCAGCUGAAGAACGCCAAAUGAUCCAUUCCCCCAGCGGCGUCUGUUGUGUGCGCACGUCUCUGUGCGUGUCUGUGUGCAUGUGUAUUUGAGUGCGUGAGUGAGCGAGUGUGUGUGUGUGUGCGUGCGUUUGUCUCUGUGCAAGCAAUGAGCGUGGCAGCAUCGGCUGGAGCUCGUCUUAGUUCCCUCAGAUCUUCAUCAUAGUCGCCCUCAUCUUCGGUUCAUUCACUCUGACUGCAGAGGUUCUGACCGUUGCUGCCUGUCUGCUCACACACUUCUAUGUGUGUGGGAGUGAGUGUGUGUGUGUGCGUGCGUGCGUGUGCGUGCGUGUGUGUGCGUGUAUCACUGAGCUGAGAGCGGUAGAGGCCUUGCUGUGCCUUUCAUCAAAACACAACCCCAGACCCCCCCUCUCUCCUGAAGCCCCCCACUUAUUUCAGCCCCCUGCCCCUCUUCUGGCAGAGCAGCAGGCACAAUGUAGAAAGCUCAACCUGCCUACAGUCCGCUAAAUAAAGACCUAUUUCAAAACAGUCUGCCCAAUCUGAAGGGGUGUCUCCCUUAUGUGGGUUCGACUUCUACCUCCCGCCCCUAAUCGGUCACCCAUGUCGCGUUGGACAGACCCAGUCAUCCCCUCUGCUCAAUCUGUCUGCUCAUCUCCUGCACGGUACUUGCUUUGACUGAAACGCCUGCAGGAGAGGAGGGUGGACUGCACAUGGUCAGCUCCUUCACCCUCUAGUGGCGUCCGUUCCUCUACGACCAUGGAACACUACCCGACCGACUCUUUCAAUCUUAGUUUGUUUUCCCCCUGGGUCUGAGGUUUGUGUGUGUGUGUGUGUGCACAACAGGUCACUACACUGCCUCAUUGAUCAAGUGCUGUAGCUGUAGUCUUCUCUCCCCUCCUGUGUCUCUGAGAACGUCUCUGGGUUCUGAAGAAGGUAGGGAGGAAACACGCACACACAGCCUGUUGAUGCGUUUGCUGGGUAUGAGGUCAUGAGCCGGGCCUCACGUCUUCAUGUGUGGGCAGAGUGGGAGGUGAGUCGGAGGGGUGGGCUCUACGUACCGUUUCCUCUCUGAGAUUUCCUCCUUUACUCUGCUUCUGUUCCGCUGAACGGUGGUUAGUUGAGCUGAUUGGCUUUGAGCAUGCUGUCUGAAGUGGGUGGUCUCUUGGUGCAUUUGCUGAUUGUGGGGAUGGGGACAAGGCUGCUCCAAUCCUUGCUCUGCUUCAUUCCUUUGGGAAAGGGGUGGGGGUAGGGGUGAAACUCAUGGCGUAUCGCCCAUCUCAGCCUCUGAUCAGAGCCUUUCUUUCUUUCGUUUCAAACUAGUGUGAUUCCACCUAAUUCAAGAUGUGGUGUUUAUUUCCGUCUGGCCUUCAGACUUGCUCCUCUGCUGUAACCCCAGGUAGGCAGUGUUGGCCCUUGUGCUCUGCUGAGUCAGCCCCCCAUUCUUACUGUUGGAGGGGCUCCCGGCCAGUUCCCGCUUACAUGCAUGCGACUCAUUGCAGGAGAUAGGAUGCCCCGGAGAAGGUCGUCUGGGGUUCGUUUCUCUGCUCUCCCAGCGCGUCUCUGUCCCUCUCAAACGCAUAUACACACGCACGCGCAUACACACACAUACACACACACGUCAGCUUCAGGGUGAUGGGCAGGUCAGCUCCAGCUCAGUGUUGCAUCCCACUUUUUCUUUUCCUCCAUCCCUCAAGUCAGGUGGCUACUCUCCCCCCCCUCCCCCAAGCCAUCAUCAUAGUUACAGACACCAGCAGUGCGCCUUGGUCCCUCUCUCCAGGGCUUCAGAUCCACACUCAUUUAACUGACACAGAGAUUACUUUCUUUCUCUCCUUCUCUUCCUAUCUUUCUUUCUCUCAGUUUAUUCCAAAGCCUCCUGCGAAUGUCACAGAGACACUGUAAGCCCCCCCUCCCCCUCCCCUCCUUCAUGUUCUGAUUGAGCCCAAGGUCACGACCCAAACACUGACCUCUUGCAAGGGAAGGAGUGACCUUUCACCCUUUUUAUAUUCGUGCAACUGGACAGCAACAGUUCAUGUUUGUGAAUAUUUUUUUCUUCUUUUCUCUGUAUUUUGCAAGAAGCACCAAUUGCAGCAAGUUUCAGUGUCUUUUGGCCUUUAUCCUUUGAUCCUAUAUGUAGAUAUAUACACCUACUUUAGUGCAAAAAGAACAUUCAUUGACCUGGAUGACGAGCUGCAGCAUAUAUGGCAAGUCAUUGACCUGUAUAUGAACUUGAGUAUCAAAACUGUAUUUUAGCAAGCUGAUAUACUUUAGCUACCCGUGUUCAGUUGUGAAGCUUUCAUUUUGAGAAUUUCUGUUGAAACAACUCAAGAAGGUGUGCAUAAUGUUUUGUUUUUUUCUCCUUUUUUCUUAAAAUGGUUUCAUGUUUUUAGCUUUUUUAACCCAUCUUGUAACAUCUGAGAAAUGCACUAUAAUAAAGAGAUCUAUUACAAAUACA